UUCUAUCAAUUGUUGAGCAGCACUUCCAAUUUCAAUUGUUACGUGCAAGAAAUAAAAAUCACAGUUUAUCUGUCCUCGUUCAAAAAAUCGUUUGUGAAAGCGCCUUUUGAUUAUUUUCUUGCUUAAUUGACUUGUGAUGAAGAUUGCAAUUGAAGGCUGUUGUCAUGGCCAACUUGACGACAUUUAUGGAUCUAUUCGUCUUGUCGAAGAGAAAGAAAACUGUAAGAUAGAUCUCGUCUUAAUCUGUGGUGAUUUCCAGGCUAUUCGAAACGAAUCAGAUAUGUAUUGUAUGGCUGUUCCACCCAAAUAUCGAAACUUGGGUACAUUUUGGAAGUAUUAUACAGGCCAGGCUCGAGCUCCUUAUCCUACUAUUUUCAUUGGAGGCAACCAUGAGGCUAGCAACUAUUUGUGGGAGUUAUAUCAUGGUGGCUGGGUAUGCGAUAAUAUCUACUACCUAGGACAUGCUGGUGUCAUUGAAUUUGGUGGGUUGCGCAUUGGUGGACUGUCAGGCAUUGCAAAAGAAAACCACUAUAAGAAGGGACAUUAUGAAAAAUCUCCUUAUAACCAAUCAGAUAUUCGAAGUGCGUACCAUGUAAGAGAAUAUGAUGUUCAGAAACUGCUUCAGAUCAAGGAGCCUAUGGAUAUAUUUCUAUCACACGACUGGCCAAGAGGAGUAGAAAGAUAUGGUGAUUUAGGCCACUUGAUGAAGAUAAAAGAGUACUUUGUUUCUGAGAUCAUGUCAAACACACUCGGAAGUUAUCCUAAUGAAUUGAUUUUGUCUCAACUAAAACCUUCCUAUUGGUUUUCUGCUCAUCUACACGUACAUUACGCAGCCAUUGUCCGUCAUGAUAUGUGGCAAAAAGGUCAAUAUCCACCCAAGACACAAGCCAUAUUAGAUCAAUUCAAGCCCAAAAAUCCAGACGAAAUUAUACUUGACGAGGAUGAUAUACAAGAAUCCAGUGAGGAGAAUAGUACAUUAACAAAGUUUCUUAGUUUAGACAAAUGUUUGCCAAAGAGACAGUUCUUGCAAAUUAUCGAUAUUCCUUCUCCUAAUGAUGCGAACCGAGAUUAUGACUUUUAUUAUGAUAUGGAGUGGCUCUCAAUUACUAGGGCUAUGCACCCCUUUUUAAGUACAGGUCAUCAACAAACACCACUACCAUCGCAUGAUGAAUUAAAGGCUUUGAUUGAAAAAGAAAGAGCUUAUUUAGUGGCAAAACAAGAGUCAAACUCACUUGAUUUAAAAAUACCGCAUAACUUUGAAGCAACAGCACCUGGUUAUAUGCCUGGUGUUCAGAUGGAUCGUCAAGCUAUUUGGGACAAUCAGUAUCCAUUCCUUAACCCUCAAACUGUCGAAUUCUGUAAAGAGAUUGAUAUUGAAAACAAAAUCAAUAAUGAUUGUAGACAAGAACGAAUGCCAAUGAAGCGAAUGAAAAUAGAGUCUGAGAUUGUGAUUGAUGAAGAAGACCUAUAGAAUGUAAAAGAACUGAUCAUGUACG